AUGCCUUCGAUGCCAGAAGAACCGCUUCUAACCCCAAGUCCAGAUCGAUUCUGUAUGUUCCCGAUCCAAUACCCACAGAUCUGGGAGAUGUACAAGAAAGCCGAAGCUUCUUUCUGGACCGCCGAAGAAGUCGAUCUAUCUCAGGAUUACCGCGACUGGGAAAAAGCCCUAAACGACGACGAACGGCACUUCGUCAAGCACGUCCUCGCUUUCUUCGCCGCAUCUGACGGAAUCGUUCUGGAGAAUCUAUCUUCCCGGUUCAUGUCCGAUGUUCAAGUCUCCGAGGCUCGUGCCUUCUACGGAUUCCAGAUCGCGAUCGAGAAUAUUCACUCCGAGAUGUACAGUCUCCUUCUCGAUACCUACAUCAAAGACAACAAAGAGAGAGAUCAUCUCUUCCGCGCAAUCGAAACCAUUCCCUGCGUCGCGAAAAUGGCGCGAUGGGCGAUGAAAUGGAUCGACGGAUCUCAGAGCUUCGCUGAACGUAUCGUGGCUUUCGCUUGCGUCGAAGGUAUCUUCUUCUCCGGUAGCUUCUGCUCGAUUUUCUGGCUGAAGAAACGAGGUUUAAUGCCUGGGCUCACUUUCUCCAACGAAUUGAUCUCGCGAGACGAAGGCCUUCACUGCGAUUUCGCUUGUUUGAUCUACAGUCUCCUUCGAUCGAAGCUCAGCGAAGAUCGAGUGAAAUCGAUCGUUCGUGAUGCGGUCGAGAUCGAGAGAGAGUUUGUGUGCGACGCGCUUCCUUGCGCGUUGGUUGGGAUGAACCGUGAUUUGAUGAGUCAGUACAUCGAAUUCGUGGCGGAUCGGUUACUGGGUGCGCUUGGGUACGGUAAGGUGUACGGUGUGACUAAUCCGUUUGAUUGGAUGGAAUUGAUUUCGCUUCAGGGGAAAACUAACUUCUUCGAGAAGAGAGUCGGUGAGUAUCAGAAAGCUUCUGUGAUGACGAGUCUUACUGGAAACGCUGCGUUUAAUAAUGAUCACGUCUUCAAGCUUGAUGAGGAUUUUUAG